AUGGCCGAGCUCCCAUCCAUCGUGCACCUCAUCUCGCAUCCCAUGUACCUGAGUAUUUGUGGGCCCUCGGUUUAUGAGGACGAGAACCAGCGCACAUGGCUGCAUCACGUCAUGGACACAGGAGGUCACAUUCAAGUACAGCUGUGCCAGGUCGACUACCACAGUGGGCAUAAUGGACUCCCCACCAGCCCACUGACCUCGAGCACCAUGCCUUCAUGGUGGACGAUCCACCUUCACAGCAGAUACCUGGACUCCAUGGACCGAUUCUGGCGCAUCAUGCACCACAUCAAGAAGGAUGACAUGGAGGAAAUGAUCCUUGAGCUGAUGCACGACUCUUAG